AUGUGUUCAUUUGCUCAACAUGUUGCUCCCGGUCAAGACUCAUUAGUUUACAAGUAUAAAACUGAAGUCAAAUUAUCUGUUGUCAAUGGUCAAUUUGAUUUAAAAAAUGAGAUUAGUGCUGAUGUACACAUAAAAAAUUUGGGCAAUUGUAAUUAUGCACUUCAGCUUAAAAAUGUUGACAUAAGUGAAACCCAGGAUGAAGAUGAAUCAACUGUAUCAACACCUGCAAAACAAGAACUCGAAAAUCUUGUCGUCCGUUUUCGAUGGGCUGAUGGUUUCGUUGUUGCUGUUGAAGCUGAUGCAUCGGCUAACAUUGAUCAUGUUAACUUUGUCAAAGGUAUAAUUAGUGCACUUCAAGUUUAUUCGCCUGUACCAACUGAUGGUGAGAAUAUUGUACGUGAAGAAGAUGUACUGGGUGUCUGUACAACGCGUUAUAAAUAUUCUCAAAAGGAUGGUGCAACAAAGAUUACCAAGAACAAAGAUCUAUCAACAUGUUCAAAAGAUAAAUUACAUUUAAGUUCAAGCCCAGUUUUAACUUCACUUCUUGGUCCACUUGUUGAACAAGCAUUUGCAGCUAAAACUAGUUAUGUAUGUCAAACAGAAAUUACUAACAAGAAAGUUAAAUCUGUUAAAUGUAAAACAAUUGAAAUCGAAGAUGGCGACAGCGAAAAAUCAUCUAAAACUGACAAAGAUAGCAGCUCAGAAGAAGAUAAUGAUAUUGAUUUUGAUGAGAAAGAUGAAGAAAUUUCAUCAAAACUUAUAUCAAUCAAACAAACCUUAGAAUUAACAACAAGCAGUGCUGCUAAUGUAGAUGCAUCUGCAAUUAAAAGUCCUGUUCGACAAACACUUCAAUUUGUUCCAACCGCUUCAUUUGAUAAAUCUAAUGAAGCUGUAUCAGAUAUAGUUAAGAAAAUCAAAGGACUUUUGGCAUCAAAAGAUUGGGACCAAUUUGCUGCUACACGUUUUCUUGAAGUUACAAACGAAUUACGACGCAUGGGUAAAGCUGAUAUUAAUGCAUUUAAAUCAAAUGGAGAUAUUAAAAAUUUAGUACCAAUGUUUCUCAAUACAAUCUAUGCACAUGAUCCAGCUGCCACCUUAUUCAAUUUUGAUUCAGCUAAUUUGAAAUUUGAAAAUCCGUUAUCAGUAUUUUAUUUGGAUAGUCCAUCAACAGAAUUAGUCGAUCAAAUUGUUCAAGGCGCAAAACGAUUAACUGCUGAACAAGUACCUGAUUUUGUUGGACUUGCUGCAACAAUUCUUAAAAAAUACAAAGCACGACAAAAUAAUCAAGAUGCCGAUAGGAAAAUCAAAGAUUUUCAAAAAUCUGUUUCCAAAUUUUUAACUGCUCCAACCAAUGAUGACACUAAAGUCGUAACAGCCGCAUUAGCUGCCUAUGCUCAAUUAGGUUUAUAUGAUAGUCAAGUAAAGAGUUUAGCUGCUGAAAAACACUUGGAAGUUCAAUAUCAUGCACUCAAUGCCAUUCGUCAUAUUGAUGAUGAUUAUAUUGACGAUGCCGACGAAUUAAAUAUUCGCACUGAUCUCCAAAAGGUUUUAUUGGAAAAACUUCAAAAUAAAGAAAAUAAAAAUGCCGUACGUGUAUGGGCAUUCGAAGCAUUGUAUACGCCAUUUAUUUUCAAUUCAGAAGAAAGUAAUCCAACAUUAUCUGAUGAUUUAGAAAAAGCUUUUUCAGCUAUUCUCGAUGAACCACUUAAUCAAGUUAACGGUUAUAUGUGGUCAGUUUUGAAAUUUUCAUCACUUGAUCGUCUUGAUCCAUUACGUGGUCUUGCUGCUCGACUACGUGUUCAUCAUGAUAAUAAAAAGCAAUUUUCUGAACAAUCAACAUUAUCAUCACGACAUGUUGAACUUGAAAUACCACUCCGUAAAAAUUAUAAAGCUGUCAUUCAUUUAAGUGUUGUAUUUGAAAAUGAUCGAGUCGCUCCAUCAUUUAUUGGUGCUAAACUUGCAUUUGAUGGCGUUCGCCGUGAAACAAUUCGUUUACCAUGGGUCGACGGAGCAUUAAUCAUUGAAAAUCUUGAUUCGAAUGUUGCCGAAUAUUUCUUACGUUUAGAUCCAUUGAAUAAAAAUAAAAAUGUUGAUGACACCUAUAAAACAAACACAAAGAAUAGUUUACCAAGUAGCACAAAACGACUUCAAGAUGCUUAUGAUGGCGUAGAAGACGAUUCAAGUUCAUCUGUUCAUCUUUAUGUUAAAUUAUUUGGUGCUGAUAUUCGUUCACGUGAUAUUACAGAUAAAGUUCAAGAUCUUCUUAGUAGCAAUAUUCGUACAUUUGUUCGAAAUCAAAUUUUGGCUCGAUUACAACAACUUUCUGGAAACAAUCCAAUAUUUCGUAUUCCAUUAGAAAUUGGUGCUGCUUCAGCAGCUGCGAAUGGUUUAACAUUAUAUAAAUCUGCUCAAGUUGCUGUACUUGCUGAUUUAUCAUCGGAUUUUGGAGAUACACGUGGCACUGAUGGUUUGGGAACAUUUAAAUUAACUAGCCGAUCAGCAUUGAGCUUUUCAUUAACACUUCAACGCGAAAUAUCCUCACCAUUGUCAACUAUUGGUGAAACCGUUCAAGUUGGUGUUUUAUCCAAUACUCCAUUUCAAUAUGAAGCCGUAGCCAAUAAAGAUGGACGAACACGUGAAUUUAAUCUUCUCAAUGAUAAAUCCAUAGUUAUGGCCACUGAUUUUCAAUAUGCAUUACGUACAUCAAAAGGUCUCAAAUCUGUUCAACACCAAAAGACACCUACCAUUGAUCCAUCAUGCACUCCAAGUACUGUCUAUCGUGCAUUGGGGCUUCGAAUGUGUUUAGAACUUAAUCCAUUCCGAUCAAUUCAACUUGGCUCGCGACCAUCAUAUCCAAUUACGGUCUCUAUCACCAAAGAUCCAUCGGUCAAGAAAUGGCGUCUCGGUUGGCGCUUCAAUACUGCAGAUGCUCCACAAUAUGAAGUUGCUGUAGAAAAAGUUGGUGCAACUGGAACAUAUCCAGGUUUAGGACUUUCAGCAACCAAAGAUGGCAGCAACUUUGAUAUUAAAGUUUUAACAGGCAUGAAAUCUUUUAAUGUCAAAGGUACACAAUCAGGAAGUAAAUUUGAUGGUAAAAUCUAUACAAGUGAUAGUAAAGAAGUCAUGACAACAUCUGGAACGUUAGUUGCUAAUAGCGAUGGAUUUAAAUUGGACAGUAAAGUUUAUGAUAUUUCAAGCAAAAAAGAAAUUUUAGCAUUAAAAACUGAGAUAAAACCAAAUCAAGGACAAGGUCUUACACUUGAUAUUGAUUUAACAACACCAGACAAAGCGAAAUCAUUUAAAAUUCAUUUUCAUGGAGAUUUAUAUAAACCAGAGAAAAAACUCUUUCAUCUCGAUGGAGGUUUCAAUCUUGGUGAAAUUGUGUAUAAUGGUAAAGUACACUUAGAACGUGGUGAUGCUCAAACACGCAUUGAAUUACAUCGCACACUUAAAUUCGGUAAAGGUGCAGCACAAAGUGGCUAUAAUUUUCUGUAUGAACGUAAAACGAAACAAGUCGAUAACCAAAAGAAUUGUAAUGUUGGAUCUCAUUUAUCAUUACGAACGCCAACAAGUGAUCAAGCAAUGAAACUUUUUGAUUUCAAAGCAGAUUUUACUCGUGCCGUUGAUUUAUCAAGUGCAACACUUCAAAGUUCACUUGACUUUAUUAUAAUGACACGUAGUCCACCAGUACCAGAACGACUUGAACUUGAUUAUGUUCGAAAAUCAACUCGAGCAAAUAGUCAAGCCAACCGUUUGAUUUCACCGGAAGGAAGUUUAAAAAUUCAAGUUAAAACCAAAUCCAAUGUAUUCAAUUUUCUUUUGGAUCACAAACACCGACGAAGUGCAGAUGCAGCGAAAAAAGGACCCGUAUCAGCUCCACCAACAUUGAACAUUGCAAAUAAGAUUCAUAUUGCUGCUGAUACAGAUAAAUUACUUCCUGAUAUUCCACGCCCGUUUGCUUUCGAUUUUUCAUCUGAACUUGAUUUUGAAUUACUGAACAAAAUUGAUUAUAAAUUUCAAUAUGAACUUCGUCGUCGUGAGGCUGCAGGUUCAUUGACAUAUCAUGGUCAAGUUGAUAAAAUUACUGAUGGUCACUUAUUUUCCGGUACAAGUCAAACAGAAUUACAAUGGAAUAAUAAGCAAAAUAAAGCAACAGCAGUAGGUAGUUUCUCUAUUUGCAAAAAUUCCCGUUCAUUAAAGUCACAUUGGGAUAUUGAUACAAGUCUUGUUCCAGACAAAAAAGAUGCGGAACUUGACUUAAAUGUUCGUUUCGAUCGACAACCUAAACAAAAUGCACCAAAAUCUUUAAUUCUUGUAUAUGAUGUUACAUUGAAAGCACCUAAACAUAAACUUGUUCAAUUAAUUGAUCUCGAUGGUAACUUUACCAAACAAGCCGGCAAACUUGAAACAUACAAUUCAAUUGCUUAUCGUAUUGAUACAGGCUUGAAAGAAAUCAACUUGAAUCUUAUUGUCAAUCGUAAUCAAACCGGUGAUGGUUCAUUAAAAACUCACGUUGCUAUAUCAUUACCAUUUAAAAAUUUACCAUACAUUACACAUGAUUUGAAAUUACAACGAUGUCCAAUAUCUAAACGCCUUGUGCAUGUUGAAUCACGAUUACUUGCUAAACCAGUUUUUUCACAUGUUGCUGCAAUUGGCAUUAAUCGUACAAGUCCAGAUCAACCACCACAUGUUACCGUUGAAAAUCAAAUUGAAUAUUUACGUUCAAAUGGAGAUGUUUUAUUUGGUUUAUCGAAAGUUGAAGUACAACGUUGGUCAAAAUUGCAUUCAUUUGGUUUUUUGAAACGUAGUAAUGCUGUAUUACAUCGACAUUCAAUUGGAUAUGUUUUUUCACCUAAAACACGUAAAAUUGCAUUAUCAUUAGAAAGCCCACAAUUACCAGGAAAUCCAUUGAGUUUCAUCGUUGAGUUAACCAUUGAUCGAGCAAAUCGUAUUGGAAAAAUGCAAUGGCCACAAGAAUUUGGUUUUCAUUUUGAAUUCGGUACGCCACUAUCAAAUUUAACUGCAUUAAAAGUCUUCUAUAAUCUACCAAUGUUUAACAAAAAUAGUCAAACACGAAUUGACGGAGCCGUUGGCUUUAAACUUGCGUCACCAAAAGUCACUCCAGUGGACUUCUAUAUCAAAGCUAGAGGUUCACUUGACACCACAUUUCAACUUGUUGAAACAGUCAAUAUUGGUGAGGAUAUAUCAUUAAAUGCAUUAUUAACAGCACAGUAUCAUCCUGGUUCAAUCAGUCAAAUUAGUGCAUCGGCAAGUACCAAAAUCUAUGAUCGAGAAUUUCAAAAUUCAUUUUAUGCACUCAUUAAACAACAUCAAGUUGUUAUACGAGGUAUUCUAAAUACAACUGAUAAUCAAGAUUAUAAAUAUGAAAUGGAUAUUGGCUUUGAUGAUGAUUUACUUACUGGACACACAGAACGAACAGAUGGUCAACAAAUAGUUGCAUCAGAUAUUAGUGCCAACAAAUGUUCACCAACUGGAAAAUACAAUCGUUGCUACAAAGGUGAUAUUACUGUUCAAACAGGUAGUAGUGGAGCAUCGAAAAAAGGUUCAUUCGAUGCUAGUUGGGGCAGUGGUACAGCUAAAUUAGAAGUUAAAGUUCCCGAACAAGUUGAAAUGAAAUUUGAUCAUACACAUACUGGUCGUGUUCGUGAUGAGGAUUUCAGUUCGAAAACAAUAAUUGAAGGCAAAUCUUUACGAGCAGAUAAUAAAGGUGCAUUUAGUUAUUCCGGUGCAGUAGAAAAAGAUGAUGGUAAAUGGAAUAGUGUUCAAGUAGAAACAUCAUUAUCAGAUAUGAAAACAGGACAAAAAUCAUUUGUAUCCAAUAUUGGCUUCACUCAAAAAGUUACGAAUAAAUUAGCUGGAGAAUUUCAACGUAAUAUUGAUGUUAAAGUUCAACGACAAGGUUUAACUUUGGUUGAUUGGUCAAGUGAAUCAGUUACUUGUAAAGGUAAUCCAACAAAUGUUCUUACUGGUUUGUGUCAAACAGCAACAUUCAAUAUGAAAACAAGCAAUGUAUUAGCUCAACGUCUUCGACAACGUCUUCAAUUGCCUGUUGAUCCAAAAUUAGCUAAUACAGCUGGUCAAAUUACAUAUGAUGGUACAUUGAAAUUAGAUGUGAAAUUCGAUCCUAAAUCAGGUCCUCAUACAGUAACAUUUGAUUUAAAUCGCGCGAAAGAAGAUACUGUUGAUGUUAAUGUUGUCUUUCAACAACGAUACGAUCGUCAACCAAUGAGUGUUCAAAUCAAUGCCAAUCUUCCACGACAAGAUCCCAUAUCAGUUAAAUAUGAUGAACAAUUGCGUAGUGAAACAAACUUUCAAGGUACUCUUAAAUAUUCAUUUAAUGCAAAAGAUAAAUCAGCUGAAAAAACAUAUCAAUGUGAAGUUGAUCGACCAGAUCCAACUGAUUUUUCAAUUAAUUGUGUCGGCGAACGAACAACAUUAGCUAUUGAUAUUGAUCGUAAUUUAGGCAAAUCCAAAGUUUACAUUGAUUUAAAUCGAUUUGCAGGCGAACGAUUUGGAUUUGAAGCUGUACGUGAUCCACAAACAAAACAGCUCGAUGCUACUUUAUAUACAUUAAUUACAUCAUGGAAUGUUAAACGAAACCCUGGAAAAUCAACUGUUGUUAGUAUUAAACAGAAGGAUAAUGAAGUUUUACGUGUCGAAGCUACAAAAGUUAGCGAUCAAGAAGUUCAAAUUAAAUUUUUACCAACUAAUGUUAAUCUCAAACUUCAAUGGGACAAAUCAACAGUCAUUACACUUAAACAAACAUCUCCUCAAGACCGUGAUCUUCUAUCAAUAACUAUUGAUCGUGAAAAAAUUCGUCCUUAUCUACCAUCAUUACGUAAUCAAAAUCGACCAUCAUAUGAUAUUGAUCAAGUAUCAACAAAAUCAUCAAAACCAUUAUUUGAAAUUGCUCUUGAUUCACAUGUUCUUAUUUCGAUUUCACAAGCUAUUGGCAAAUUGGGUUCACACAAUGGUUUAUAUGGUUUAGAUACAGUUAAGAAAGCAUUUAAAUUACAAAUCGGUGAUGCACCAUUGACAAUCUAUAAUGUUCAACAUUGGAAAACACACGAAGAAAAUAGUCAUUUACCAGAAAGUUAUGUACUUCAAAUUGUCAAUAAUGCUAAUGGAAAUACAAUACAAUUGGCAACAGCUAAAUGGAAUGAAGUUCGUUUAAUCGCAAAAUUGAGUCAUUCAUUUGAUGGUGGAAAAACUUUAACAACUGAUUUGAAACUUGAUAGAAAUUAUGCACAUGAAGUUGGUUCAGUUUACUUCUUCCAUAGUUUAGGCUAUCGAAAUAUUGAAGGAGCUCGACAACUUCGCAAUUUCACACGAAAUUUCAUUCGCAGUAAUAUGCUUAAAGAUUUACAAGCAACAAAUGCUGCUGGAUUAGUAAAAGUGUUCCGUGGACGUAUACGAUCAAUUUUAGAUGUUGAUUAUAAUGCUUUUAAAGCUAUUGUUGCAGCAUGGAAUCAAGAAUCAGAAAAGAGCUUCCUUCGACAAUGGUCUACUCGUCUUGGUUUAGCAGAAUUCUUUGCCAAAUAUCCAACUUACGGUGAAGCAUCCGAUCGUAUUUUUGCUCUUCUUGGCGAACGUCAUGCUGCACGUGAUGCAUUCUGGCGUGAACGUAUCGAAGCUAUUGUUAAUGAUAAUCGUCUUAAAGAUUUAUCUGAUCGUCUUCAAGUUCGUCGUGAAGCACUUGUCAAACGAUUAUCAGCAUAUGCAGAGUUAGCUCUCGAUCGUAUAUUACCUAAAGUUGAUCAAGCUGAUAUUGAUAAGCGCAUAGCUAAUUAUGUUGGCAAAUUAGUUGGAGGAUUUGAACAAGUUUCUAAACGAAAUACCGAACAAUGGAAAGCAGUAUUUAAACUUAUUGACGAUGCUAGCAAAGGUGAAGACACUAAAUGGUUCCGAACAUUAGUCGCCGAUAUUGAUUCAGCUGCAUUUGCUGCUGCAGCUGAUGCUGAAUCAGCUAAAGUAUUUAAAAAAUUGGGCGAUUCAUCAAAAUUAUUGAUUGGUAAUCUUCAACAAUUUUCACGACGCAUUACAAAACGACGUGAAGCUAUUCGUGAACGCGUUAAAAAUGCAAUUCGACAUAUUCCAAAGGCAUUUGUUAACACCACAAACUUUGAAUUAUUAGUACCUAUUGGACGCCAACCAGGUAGCUAUGCUGGUACAAGUGAAUUAAUACUUGCCAUUGGCAGUCUUCUUCGAAAUCGUGAUCAAGCAUUUGAUACUAUACGUUCAGUAUUAGUAAACCGUAUGGAAUCACGUUCAGAAACAUCUCAAAAUUACUUUAAACUUUUACGUGCAGUUGGCAAACGUUUCUUUAAACGUAAUCCAUCAUUAACCCCUGAAUUUCAAGCUGUUAUUGCUCCAACUGGUGAUGCUAUUGAUGUACAUGGUCAUUAUAUAUAUUUGAAUCCAGCUUGUGGUUAUGUCUUAGCACAUGAUUUUGCUGAUUUACAAUUUUCAUUUAAUUUUGUUAAUGGUAAAGUUCAAUCAGUAAUUGGCAAUGAAGGUGAAAUCAAAGAAAAUGAUUGCUCAAAUACUGGCCGUGUUCAAAUUUGUAAUGAUGGAGGCUUCUAUACUAUUUCUGUACCAAUGCAUUAUGGUGGCCGUGUUAAUGGCGCACUUGGUGAUGUACGUGAUCGUAGUGAAAAGGAAAGCAAUGAUUUUAGUCGUUGGUUAUUGCACCACUGUCCAGAAGCAGGAGCUGGCCAAUCAAGCAAAGGUGGCCAAGCCAUACCUGAGUGUUUCAGUGAAGAUGAUGAUGAACAACAAUUUUGUGAGAAUUUUGUUCUUAAUGGCGUCAAAGGUGGAAAAGAUCGACGAGUAUUACUCGGCCAAAUUGCACAAGCUCGUAAAACAAUCUUAUAA